CCGAACACACCCCAUACAAGGCCCAUUUCUCUUUCUGUCUUCUCGCUCGCUAGCUCGCUUUCUCGCUGUCUCCCACAUCUUGCUCGCUUCUCCAACACGCAGAGAGACGGUCACGGAACACAGUUGAAGAUGGCAAGGCGUCUAAUUGCAACCCUCAAUCGUGGCCUAGUUGGCAAACUCUUCUCGGAGUCCUCUACCAAGCUGGACUCAGGAAAGCCGAUGGUUGCGGGAAUGUGUGGACUGGACAAAGCAGGUUACAGUACCCAAGCCAAGCAAGAAUCUCAUUUUUACGAUGGUGCUUUUGUGGAUGCAUUCCUGAUGAAAAUGAAGAACAACAAAGAUCUUCUUAACAAUAAGAAAAUUUGGUCACGCAGAUCUACUAUUUUGCCAGAAUUCGUGGGUACUACAGUCCGUAUCUAUAAUGGAAAAAAUCAUAUUCGCUGCAAGAUCACCGAAGAGAAGGUUGGUCAUAAAUUUGGAGAGUUUGCAAUGACACGGAAACGAAGAGUUCAGGCUAAAACUACUGCACCAGUAAGACCAGUGAAACCAGGAAAAAAAGCAGGCAAAAAGUAAAAGGCCUACGGUGAAAUUCAUAACAUAUCGGAUUCUGUUUCAUUCAGGUGAAUUCUGAUACACAUGAAUGAUCUGGUCGGAUUCUUUUUUCGAGCGAAGAAUUGUGUUUGAUUUUGAUUCUAGUCUGUUUUAAUGAAGUGUUGAAAGUUUCU